AUGUCGUUGAAACCAUUCACCUACCCAUUGCCCGAAACAAGGUUUCUUCAUGCUGGCAGGCAUGUGUACAAAUUUCGACUCCGGUAUGGCAACUUCAGCAGCUCUCCCAAUCUCGGUCUCACUGAAAAUGCUGCCAAGGAGUCAGAGGAAGUGAUUCGAGUGAUCCUUGGAAAUCUUGAUGAUUUACAUCCAUUUUCUACAGACCACUUCACUGUCUUUCCAUAUUUGAGUAAAUGGGAGCGAGUAUCAAAGAUGAAAUUCAAACAUGAGAAUGUCUGCCUGGUGCCUUAUCCCUACAUUUGUACAUUGUACCUAGAAUUGAACUCAUUUCAGCCAAACAUAUCUUAUGGUAAAGAAGUAAACAAGGGCAGUGAUGAGCUUGUCAGUAGAAGAAAUGAAAUGCCAGAAAGUACUGCAAUGAAAGAAGCAGUGAAGAGGAGAAGAGUGGAUGUCAGAGAUGAUGCCUCAUGCCCACAGUCAUAUAUGGACAGAACUGGAGCUGACUGUGUUCACCAGAUGAGUAAAGCAGAGCAUGGAUUUGAAAAGAUUUCCUCCAAAGCAAAUGAGCUUGAGUUUAGCCCAGCAUCCCUUACUAAAGACUAUGACCAACUGAGUUUCUGGAAGCCUGUGGAGUUUGGCCUUGAACAAAAAACAGUAGCCAGUCAGGCUGAGGGUGCAGUGCAGCUGCUGCAGCAAAUGGACCAAACAGAAAAGAAAGGAAACAUGAAGUCAGAAGGAAGAGGUCUUUCACAUUUCUGGAGAAGCAUCAUCUUUUCACCGCUACAGCAUCUUUUUGGUGGAAAAAACUGACCUGGAACUAGUAAUUGUUGGAAAGACAGAUUUGUAGUAUGAAUAUUGGGUUGCAGUUUCUUUGGUAAUUCAGCUUUUUACAUUGCUUGUCUCAGCUAUUAAGUGCUUUAAAUGAAAUUUUACUUUGCUAAUGUUUUCAAAGUAACAUUCUGAAGAUGUUGGGUUAGAACAUGUUGGGUUUUUCUUCACAUCUUAGAGGUUUUGGAAUAGAGCAAGAAACUUUAAGAUUUUGAUCCUUCAGUGUUACGAAUUGUGAAUUUCACAUUAUGUGUAUUCUAAUAAAGCAAGCAUCAGCUUGGAACUGUGUGUUAUUUUUAUCAGACUUACCACGCAGAAGAUACUCUUUCCCUCCAAGAAGAAGCAGAGGUUUCUAGUAUUAGAUAGAUUCCAGUACUAUGCUUCACACCAUUAAAAAGGUCAAAAUUAUGGAUAAAUAUUUCGCAUUAGAGAUUGCCACUGCCCUACAACUUAGGUAGUUAUUUAUGUAUUCAAUAUGUAAUGGGAUGAGGUUGGAAUUUAAGAUUUCAGACAUGCCAAGGCCAUGCUCAGGUAGCUUUUUGCUGCCAUACUUAUGCUUUAUAAAUGAUCUAUCAUUCUUGAACCACCCCCUGAGCUGGGUAGCUGGCUAUAGGUGACUCUGCUUGGGCAAGGGCUUGGGCCAAUGGCCUCCAGAGUUCUCUGUCAGCCUUGGCCACAGUGUGAUGUGAUGAAGCAUUUCCU